AUGAAUACCUCUUUUGAAAGUAACAAAAAAGGCAAAUUUAGAAAAUAAAAAUCUAUAUUUUCAUAGCAGAGUAGGCAACUUGAAGAUGAUAAUAGUGAUUGUUAAUAAAGCUGUGAUAGCAAGAUAGACAGAUCUUGCUAAAGAUAUUUAUUUGAAAUAAAAUCUUACUAACUUGAGUAAGGUCACCAGGGUGAUUAAGAUAUAUCAGAUAAUGGUUCAGUGGCCGAUUAAAAUGUAUUAAUAUAAAUUAACUAAGGAUAGCAGAUCUAAAAUCAAUUAAAAUAAGAAAUACCUACUAUAAACCAAAAAAUCAACAUUAGUGAGGCUAUUCCUUUUAGCUAAGAUCAAUCAAAAAAACUAAUGGUAUCUAAACUAGAUAUGUCAUUUAAUAACUAGCCGUCAUUAAUUGAAUAAAAUAAAGAGUAAAAUACACCAUAAGAAAUACUUUUUCAUGAACUAAACACAAAGGAUUAAGAAAUACCAAAUGAUAAAACAGAUAAAUAUUAAGCUUAAAGACUUCAUACUAAUAUAUCAAUUAACCAAAAUAUUGUUAGCAGUCCAAGCCAAAUAAAAAAAAAUGAAAAAGAGAACAAAGAAAAAGAUUAAAGCCUCAUAAAAUACCAAAAAAAUGAAGGUUUAAUUUAUGAAGAUUUUAUUUUUGAGAAAAAUAUAGAUAAUUUAAGUAAGAAAAUGACUAGCGCUGUUAAUAAAAUAUUGCUACUUAAAGAGGCUACAAAUCUCACUUUCAAAGAUUAUACAACUAUCAAUGAUUUGUGCUUUUACUAUAAACAGCACUAAAAAAAAAGUAGAAUGGCUUUAUGCAAAAGAAUCUUCAAUUGA